CUUAAUUAGCAGUCAGUAAAAUUGUCAUUAGUUUGAUGACAGGUUGUAUUUCUCUCUCGAUGGCGUCUUUUGGGCUCAUGAGUAUAAUUAUUUGUAUUUUGCUGUUUUUUGCUCUGGCACCUAUUAAUGCCAUGGUUGAUUUUAAUCAAAACUAUUAUCCUUUAUGGGGUCAAAAUCAUAUAACUUUUCUUAACCAAAGUACUGCAGUGCAACUCCUUUUGGACAGAAACUCAGGAGCUGGAUUUCGGUCCAAAUUACAAUAUGAAUCUGGAUUAUUUACAAUUAGAAUGAAAAUACCAGACAAGAAGACCAAUGGAGUCAUUACAACUUUCUACCUUAUUUCAGAUGAUCAAGCUCAAGGGGUCAGUCACGAUGAGAUUGACUUUGAAUUUGUAGGCACUGAAGGCAAAUUACAGACUAAUUUAUUUGCUAAUGAUAUGGGUGGCAGAGAAGAAGUUUAUCAACUUCCUUUUGAUCCUUCUGAGGAUUAUCAUACUUAUCAAAUUCUUUACAGUCCCUACCGCAUAGUAUUUUUUGUGGACAACAUACCAGUAAGGACAUUCAAGAACAACACAAACAGAGGUAUUAACUUCCCGACGAAACCAAUGUGGAUAGAAGGAAGUCUAUGGUAUUCACAAAGUCUUUGGGCUGGAUCUAUUAAUUGGAACAGAGAACCAUUUAUAGCUUACUAUCAAGACUUCGAUAUUUCUGGUUGCCCUUACCAAUCUGACAGUAAUUGCAUGUCCCCAGUACUUUAUCCAUGGGUUAGGCCCAAGUUAGACCUAAAACAACUGCAAGUUAUGAGGAAUUUCAGACGACGACAUAUGGUAUAUAGUUAUUGUAGGCAUAAUAGAGGUAGGUUCCCAGAAUGUGUUCAUCAAAGUGCUUAGUUAAUUAGCAUUAUAAAUCAUAUGUAUUUCUAUUUUCGUGGAUAUCUACAUGAAAUCAAACGGAAUGAAACAAUUUCCCGUUACAGGUUUAACUUCUC